AUGUCGAUACGUACUUCGGCAGCCCACCUCUCUCGUCAGAUACAGCCUCGCCCUGCUCUCCGAUUAGCCCCUAGGUUAAUCAGUCCUUAUGGCGUCCAGAAGUCUCCCAUGGCCACUGUGGCUCCCCCAGUGACGCAAGAUUCCACUAGCAAGAAAGGACCGACUGCGAUGGUGUUCUUGAACAUGGGCGGUCCAUCCUCAACCGAUGAAGUGGGAGACUUCCUCAGCAGAUUAUUUGCCGACGCUGACUUGAUACCACUUGGACGACUACAAUCAUAUCUCGGCCCUUUGAUCUCGCGCAGAAGGACGCCAAAAAUACAACAACAGUACGCAGCCAUAGGCGGUGGUUCUCCAAUUCGGAAAUGGUCAGAAUAUCAAUGCACCGAGAUGUGCAAGAUACUAGACAAGAUAUCACCCGAGACCGCACCCCAUCGUCCCUAUGUCGCAUUCCGCUACGCCGAUCCCUUGACCGAGCAUAUGUAUGAACAGCUUCUGAAGGAUGGCUUUGGUGGUGGUAAUGGCGGCCGGGCGGUGGCAUUCACACAAUACCCGCAAUACAGUUGUUCUACAACAGGAAGCUCGCUGAAUGAAUUGUGGAAGUGGCGGAACAGGCUCGAGAGCAAAAAAUCCACUGGGGAAACACACCCGUCAGGUGCCAUUACCUGGAGUGUCAUUGACCGAUGGCCCACGCAUCCCGGAUUGAUCGAAGCCUUUGCAAGAAACAUUGAAGCCAAGCUUGCGGAAUAUCCCGAAGAGCGGAGGAAAGACGUCGUUCUUUUGUUCUCGGCACACAGCCUUCCAAUGAGUGUGGUCAAUCGGGGCGACCCAUAUCCCGCCGAGGUCGCUGCCACGGUGUAUGCGGUGAUGCAGCGGCUCAAGUUCUCUAAUCCAUACCGACUCUGUUGGCAGUCCCAGGUCGGGCCUUCUGCAUGGCUCGGUGCUCAAACGAGUGACACGGUCAGGUCUUAUGUUGAACGAGGCCAGACUGAUCUGGUUCUGGUACCGAUUGCCUUCACCAGCGAUCACAUCGAAACCCUCUACGAAAUAGACAAGGAGGUGAUGCAUGAGGAUGCAAAAGGCCAUCCAGGCGUCAAGCGAGCGGAAAGCCUCAAUGGGAACCCGGUCUUCAUCCAGGCAUUGGCAGAUAUCGCCCAUGCCCAUCUUCAAAGUGGUGACAGCUGUUCCCGACAGAUGGGGUUGCGAUGCCAGGGCUGCAAGAGCGAGAGAUGUUUGGAGCAGAAGAAGUUCUUUGCCGGGGAACAAGCCAAAAUUCUUCCAACUGUACGAUAA